CCUCUUAACAGGCCACCUAUCGAAGUCCCUGACAAAUUCUAAUUCCAUUUUCACUGACCACGGCCUGGUGACAAGCAGCUUCCCGUUGGAGAGGUAGUUUUUGUAUUUCGAAAUAUCUUAGCCAUCCUCCGUUUUCGACAAUGGUUCUCAAGAAAGUUAAGGGAAAGAAAGGCGUUGGCAAAAAAGUAGCACCAGCUCCCUUGGCUGUGAAAAAAGAAGUUCCAAAGAAAGUUGUGAAUCCUCUAUUUGAGAAGAAGGCGCGUAACUUUGGAAUUGGCCAAGAUAUUCAGCCAAAGAGAGACUUGAGCCGCUUCGUCAGAUGGCCGAAAUAUGUUCGUCUUCAACGUCAGCGAGCUGUCCUUGUCCAGAGGUUGAAAGUACCUCCACCCAUUAACCAGUUCCGUCAAACUUUGGAUCGUCAGACAGCUACCCAAAUGUUCAAGCUUUUGGACAAAUACCGCCCAGAGAGCAAGCAAGCCAAGAAGCAGAGGUUGCGUGCACGUGCUCAAGCUCGCGCAGCUGGCAAGACCGACACCCCUUCCAAGCGGCCUUUCGUUGUUCGACAGGGUGUUAAUACGGUCACGUCACUUAUUGAGCAGAAGAAAGCUCAGCUUGUCGUGAUUGCCCAUGAUGUUGACCCUAUCGAGUUGGUGAUAUUUCUUCCGUCGCUGUGCCGUAAAAUGGGAGUUCCUUAUUGCAUCGUUAAGAACAAGGCUCGCAUUGGCCGUUUGGUUCGCCGUAAGACAUGUACUUGCGUUGCUCUUACUCAGGUUGAAUCGAACGAUAAGCUGAAUCUAUCAAAACUGGUCGAAGCUGUCAAGAACAACUAUAAUGAUCGGUUUGAUGAAAUUCGUCGUCAUUGGGGCGGUGGUCUUUUGGGUCCCAAAUCCUCUGCUCGUAUUGCUAAAAUCGAGAAAGCCAAGGCUAAAGAGUUGGCCCAAAAAGUUGUGUAAACAUGUCUAGUUGUAAACUGUUGACUUCAUUACACAAUGGAUGGCA